AUGUCUGUGGAUCGUUCGAUUGGCCAGCAAUCAUUACCACCGCGAGAACAAUGGUCAUCGUGGGCUGAUUUUAUAAUGUCAUGUAUCGGAUAUGCGAUUGGUCUUGGCAAUGUGUGGAGAUUUCCAUAUCUUUGCUAUCAGAAUGGAGGAGGUGCGUUUUUGGUACCAUACGUGAUCUCACUCGUCUUUUGUGGUGCGCCACUCUUCAUUCUAGAAACAUCUUGGGGCCAAUUAUUGAGUGUCGGUGGUCUUGGAAUGUUUAAAAUUUGCCCAAUUUUUAAGGGUGUUGGAAUUGCGGCCGCUGUUAUGGCAUUUUGGUUGAAUAUUUAUUAUAUAGUUGUACUUAGUUGGGCGAUGUGUUAUUUAUGGAAUUCUUUACGCUUCGAUUCGAAUGUUCCAUGGCGGAAUUGCAAUAACGAAUGGAAUACACAUCGAUGUAGGAGUGAAUAUGAUCCGUUGACGUGUGCUGGUAAUCGAACAAUUGCAAAAUAUUUCAACGUAAAGAUUUUAACCACGGAUCAUCUUAAUGAAUAUCGAAAGCAAUUUUUUGUGGGUAUGAAAUCGAACUGGACAAUUUGCACAGCUGACGACCUAAAUGUACAAUCACCGGUUAAGGAAUAUUGGAAUUAUAAGGUUCUUGGCAUUAGCAAAGGUUUGGAAGUACCUGGUGGCCUAAGAUGGGAUCUCGCAAUUUUUCUGCUUAUUAUUUGGUCUAUAUGUUACCUCUGCAUAUUUAAAGGUGUUCGAUGGACUGGAAAGGUUGUAUAUCUCACGGCGUCUUUUCCAUAUUUAAUGCUUGUAUGUUUAUUAAUUCGUGGUUUAACUUUGCCUGGUGCAAGUCUUGGCCUCGAAUUUUACCUAAAGCCAAAUUUUUCGAAACUCUUAGAAAGUAAAGUAUGGAUUGACGCAGUCACACAGGUGUUUUUUUCCUAUGGUUUAGGACUUGGAGCACUUGUUGCACUCGGCAGCUAUAAUUCAUAUCACAACAAUGUUUACAAGCAAGCAUUAACGGUUUGUUUUGUCAAUAGUGGAACUAGCGUUUUUGCCGGUUUCGUCAUUUUCUCAUUUAUCGGUUUUAUGGCAAUUCAACAAGGCAAAAGCGUCGAAGAGGUCGCCCAGUCGGGACCAGGUUUGCUAUUUUUAGCCUAUCCAUCCGGAAUAUUACAACUACCAUAUACCAAUAUUUGGUCAAUCUUAUUUUUUACAAUGUUUUGUACAAUGGAGGGUUUUUUUACGGCAAUAAUCGAUGAGUUUCCACAUUUAAUUCGAAGCAAGAAAUAUGGACGAGAAAUAUUUGUGCUUUCCAUAUGCAUUAUUAGCUAUUUUUGUGGAUUAAGCACCGUAACAGAGGGAGGAUUUUAUGUUUUUCAAUUAUUCGAUUAUUACGCAGCUUCUGGAUGGGCUUUAUUGUGGUUAUUAUUUUUUGAAUGUAUAGCGAUUUCUUGGAGCGUUGGAAUCAGCCAGUGGUAUGAUCAUAUGAAAUCAAUGAUUGGUUACUAUCCAAAUCCAUGGUGGAAAUUUUGUUGGGUUUUUGCUACACCAACCGUUUGCAUGGGUGUAUUAAUAUUUGGCCUAGCAAAAUAUCAACCAUUACGAAUCGACGCCUACAAUUAUGAUUAUCCAUUAUGGGGACAUGUAUUUGGAUGGUUUUUAUCGCUUUCAUCAAUGCUUUGCAUUCCUGGCUAUGCUAUUUAUCUUUGGUUUAUCACUGAAGGAACACCAUCAGAUGUUGGACUUUCGCAUAGUGUUUUUUUCAUAAGGAGAAUUAAAAAUAUUAUAAUUUAA